AUGUCUCUGCCACACGCCCAAGAACAGGAGAUUGAUCCUUACGCGGCCAUGAAGGGCUACAUCGCCGGGAACGACUAUGCGCUACCGUACUACUCUGAGUUCUCCAAGCUUCAUUUCGAACAAAAGGAUAUGCUUCGGCACAUGAACUGCUCCUUUUGUUCGACGCCGGGCCGGCCGCCUACCCUGGCGAGUUUGAAGCUCCAUCUCCAAUCUCUUGCAUACGCAGUGUCUCUGCUAUGCCCGAGCAGUUCCAAGGCCGAGCUCCUGGUCGGUGGCACCAGCAAACGGACGCGAGACUCGCAAGCCGAUGGCGAUGUCAACCUCGACGAUCAGUUCGACUGGCUCCUGGACAUGUCCAGGCCCUACGAGACCAGGGACGCCACCCACUUCUCCUCGCUCAACAGCCUCGUCAACAACGUCGAGUCCCGCCACGACGCCUUCGGCACCAAGCUGCACUGCCCGCUGAGGGAGCACGUGGCGCGCGCCGAGGACGCCCAGCGCAAGCCCUACGCCACGCACCACAACCUGCUGAUGCACGCCAACGCCUGCCUCGAGCGCCUCGACUACGAGUACGGCGCGACGGGCGGCCUGCUGUCGAUCCUGCCGCUCGACGAGCAGCUCGACGAGCGCGACAUGAAGGCGGCGCGCAACACGCUCGUGGGCCAGUGGCUGCUGCACACGCAGCGCCUGACCAACCGCAUGCACGAGCUCGAGAUCAGCUACGCCAACGCGCUCGACGCGCUGCACGGCGAGGCCGUCGUGCCGCUGCAGCACCUCAGCGCCGCCGGGCCCGAGGCCCGCGCCGCGGGCCGCACCGUCGCCUUCCCGCAGGACCGGUGGGUGCUGGCCAACGCCGGCGACGACGUCUUCGACAUGCUGCACGCCCGGCUCGACCGCGCGGAGAAGCUCUCGGAGCACCGGGCGCGCCUCGCGCGCGACGCGGGCGCCGCCGGCGAGCGCCUGCAGGCCGAGCCGGCGGGGGAGGGCCAGGAGGAGCACGGCGACAGGGAUGGGGCGUACGAGCGCGGCAUCGUCUACGUCGACGUGUCGACGCGGUACUACCGCCUCAAGGGCCAGGGCAAGACCACCAUGUUCGUCCUGCCCGCGCGGGGCGAGCACCCGGCCGUCGAGGCGACGCGGACCCUCGAGAGCAAGCCGACGGUGGUGACGGUCCAUGCGCCCGAGUCGGUGGGCUGGGUGUCGGACAUGGAGAAGCGAUUCUCCAAGCACGUUGAGGAGGGCAAGGUCUGGCACGAUAAGUUCAACAAAUUGGAUAGGAUGAUGGUCGACAAGGUCAGGGAAAAUCGACGCCUGCUUGCUGACCUAGAGGAGUGCAAGGAUCGCUGCAAGGAGAUGGAGGUGGAGCUUCAGCGGUUGAAGGGAACGGCGAACCCGGCCUGA